CCAAAAGCGGCCGCGCUUAUGCUCCACUUGUGUCGUCCGUCAGUGUGCCUGGCCCUUGCUGCUCAGUGUGUCUCGGCGUCUUCUCCUCCUUAUAUCCCAGCAUCUUCACCGUAUCCGCCACCCCUCUCUGCAACAACAACCCCAUUGUUCGAAGACAAAUAAUGGCGAGGGGCGCAGUUGUGCCUGUCCCAGUUGCGAUACGACAUGCCGCGGUGGUAGCCGUGCUCGUGCUCGCCGCGGCGCACGGUGCUCUCUGCGGCCAUGUCGAGUUCGCCGCCGGGGUCGUCGCGCGCGGCGGCGGCAAUGCGCCGUCGGUGCGGCCCGGCGCGAACGUCACGGGUGCGGCUGGUGAGCCGGCCCCGUCGCCGGAGUCGUCGCUGGUGGGGUGCGGGUGCGGUCCAGCGCCGGCGCCGUGGCAGUUCCUGAACUACAAGCUGGCGGCGCUGUGGCCGGUGAUCCAGGCGUUCAAGAAGACGAUCACGUGCGACCCGCUGGGCGUGACGGCGACGUGGGAGGGCCCCGACCUCUGCAGCAGCUUCUUCAACGGCACCAAGUACAGGGGCUUCUACUGCGAGUACCCUCCCAACGCCAAUGCCACGCUCACCGUGGCGUCCAUCGACUUCAACGGCUUCGGCCUGUGCGCGCCGUCGCUGGUCGGGUUCGUGGACCAGUUCCCCGACCUGGCCCUGUUCCACGCCAACUCCAACAACUUCUCCGGCGACGUCCCGGACCUCACCCACCUGCCCUUCUUCUACGAGCUGGACCUCUCCAACAACAACUUCUCCGGGUCGUUCCCGGACGCCGUGGUGCCCCUCGGCGGGCUCCUCUUCCUCGACCUCCGCUUCAACCGGUACGCCGGCGCGGUGCCGCCGGCCGUGUUCGCGCUCACGGUGGAGGCGCUGUUACUCAACAACAACGGCUUCGACGGGCGCAUCCCGGACAGCUUCGGGAGCACGGGCGCCAAGUACCUGGUGGUGGCCAACAACCAGUUCACGGGCCCGAUCCCUCGCUCCAUCUACAACACCUCGGCGACGCUGUCGGAGGUGCUGUUCCUCAACAACCGCCUCUCCGGGUGCCUCCCCUACGAGAUCGGGCUGGUGGAGGGGCUCGCCGUGUUCGACGCCGGCGGCAACGAGAUCGCGGGGCCCAUCCCGCUGUCGUUCGGGUGCCUGCGCGACGUGGAGGAGAUCAACCUCGCCGGGAACCAGCUGUACGGGCAGGUCCCCGACGUGGUGUGCCUGCUGGCCAAGACGGGGAAGCUGCAGAACCUGUCGCUGUCGGACAACUUCUUCCACUCGGUGGGGCACCACUGCAUGGAGCUGGUGCGCAGCCGGGUCCUGGACGUGCGCCGCAACUGCAUCCUCGGGUUCCCCGACCAGCGCCCGGCGCUCGAGUGCGCGGCCUUCUACGCCGAUCCGACCAAGCACUGCCCAUUCAUCCCGCACAUCCCCUGCGACCUGCCCGGCUACCACCACUACCCGCCUAAGGCCGCGCAUGGCCAUGUCCAAGGCCAAGAGGGUGGCAACUGAUGGGGGGCGUACAGAACAGAGCAAAAGGAAGUGAUCGCCUUCGCCUGUGGUGGGGUGUUGGAGUGUGGCAUGAUUAGAUUGGGGGGUUAAGUUGCUGCCUUGAAGCAGCAACUGCAACUGAUGAAAUAAGUGUGUUGUGACACUGAGGUCAAAUAAUUGCUGCCUACUAAAAUGUACGUACCAAUUGCUUUCAAAAAAAAAAUGUACGUACCAAUUAGCGCAGUCAAUUCGUGUGAUAUGUGAUCUAGACAAAUCGUGCGUUGCUGCUGACCACUAUCUGUAUAUGAGCUAAGGGUAUACUACCAAUACGGUCCGUAGUUGCUGCUUU